AUGUUCGUCGCAGCGUCAGACCAAGCAAUUAUCGACGAUGUCUUCCAUGGAUUACAGCAGUUCUUCGACAUUUGUGAUCUCGGAGAAACCCGCUACUUUCUAGGGAUGGAAGUGGCAAAGGACGAUGGAAUCUACUCCAUCAGUUUGCGAAGCUACAUUGUGAGGACGAUUACGAAGUUUGGAAUGAGAAAUGCUAAGCCGAGUCGUACGCCGAUGAAUGUUGGAUACUCUCAGGAUACGGAACCCAGUGAACCGCUGCAGGAUGGGGAGCACUACCGAAGUUUGGUAGGUGCUCUUCUAUAUAUCGCUGUUACAGCUUGGCCGGAUAUUGCAAAUGCAGUUGGAAUUCUGGGCAGGAAAGUGAGCAGUCCUUCCGAAUCUGAUUGGACGGCAGCUAAAAGAAUCCUUAGAUAUCUGAAGGGAACGCGGGAAUGGAAAUUGGUGUUGGGAAGGUCACAAGCAGCUGGGACGUGUCUGAUAGCAUACUCUGAUGCUGACUGGGCGGGAGAUGUGGCCAGCCGCAAGUCAACGACAGGUUCUGUGAUUUUCUUUAAUGGCGCUAUUAGUUGGAUCAGCAGGAAACAAACCCCGGUAACCUUGUCGUCAAUCGAAGCCGAGUACUGCGCUUUGAGUGAAACCAGCCAAGAGGUUGUCUGGGUACGUCGACUGUUGAAAAACUUCAACGAAGAACAGAAUCAACCAACCACUGUUUUCGUCCUACAAAUAUGA